GGGGUUAUAUAGUAAUUUCAAGUGGACUAAAAUGUAUACAAGUACGUGGUGGGCACAGCACAAAUAUUGGCAUCAAAAGAGCUUCCAAAAUAUAAAAAACUGAAAACAAACUCCGAAGAAAGUUGACAAACCCACCAUCGAUGCACCACCACUUUCCUCGUAUACUCUACUAAACAAUCAACCCUUUUCCAGCUUGCUUUUUUCUUUUUAUUCAGUUUUGAUCUCUCUCUUCUGGGUCUCUUUUUUCAUUUCCUGUUUUUUGUUGGGUUUUCUUGAUUACCCUUUUUUUUUUUUUCUUCUCGUUCUUGAUCAACUGUAUCGAGUUUGAAAACGAUUCAAUGCUCUGCAAAAGUGAUCGAUACAUAUGGGUUUUUGGUGCUUUUGAAAUUUGCUGAGCUCGAGUUUGAAAAGACCCCUGUUUGCAUCGCUUUUGUUUUGAUCAAGUCCUGAUACACCUCAGGUAUUAUCUCCUGUCUCCUUUUAUUUCGGUAAUUGGCAAUGGGAGGUGCAUUGAGCACGGGUGAUGCACCCAAAGAUAAUAUAACAGAAACAAAGCUUGAGGCCAAAAUGGUUGAAGCUAUGCAGCGAAGAGCAUCUGAAGGAAGUUCCAUGAAAUCAUUUAACAGCAUAAUCUUGAAGUUCCCCAAAAUUGAUGAGAGCUUAAGAAAGUGCAAAGCUAUCUUUGAGCAAUUUGAUGAGGAUGCAAAUGGCACAAUUGAUCCAGAAGAAUUGAAGCGCUGUUUCCUUAAACUUGAGAUUAAUUUGCCGGAGGAAGAAAUCAAUGAUCUCUUUGAGGCAUGUGAUAUAUAUGAGAAUUUGGGAAUGAAAUUUAAUGAGUUCAUUGUGCUUCUCUGCCUUGUCUAUCUUCUGAAGGAGAAUCCCACUGCCCUUCACGCUAAAUCACGGAUGGGGAUGCCAAGCCUGGAGGCCACAUUCGAAACACUUGUUAAUGCGUUUGUGUUCUUGGACAAGAACAAGGAUGGUUAUGUAAGCAAGAGUGAGAUGAUUGAUGCGAUAAAUGAGACCACUACAGGGGAGCACUCAUCUGGUCGAAUAGCCAUGAAAAGAUUUGAGGAGAUGGACUGGGAUAGAAAUGGAAUGGUGAACUUCAAGGAAUUUCUUUUUGCUUUCACUCGUUGGGUUGGUAUUGAUGAUAUCGAGGAUGACGAAGAAGGGAAAGAGAAUGUCGUUCUGAAUUCAAAAUUUUAGAGCAUCGUUGUCUGUCUAUCAACAGUGAUUAUGACCUGCACAGCUAAAGCUUCUCAUAUCUGUCAAACCCGCAACAAGGUGAAUAUAUAAACAUGCAGGAUCAAAUCACAAUUCUCCCCUAAAGUUUGUAUUGUAAAUAGUCUUUAAAGACUCUUUUUGAGUUCAGUAGAACCUCUUGCAUUUAUAUUCAGUAGUGACAUAAGCAGAUCUACUUCAUGCUUGGAAAUGUUUGUCUGUUCGGCUCACCUCUCUCGUGUUCGGAUCCAUUGGAGGGGAAAGCAUUGCUUUUGUAGAGUUGACUAGGGUUUGCUUUUUAGGAAUUGUUUUCAAGGACAAGGAGACUUCAGAGAUUCUAGCCUUCAUUGUUGUUCUGAAUGAACCAGAUUGACAGACAAA